UGAUCCAGUGAAACUAGGAGGAGGUGAUUCUCCUCCUCCCUCCUGCUGCUGCUCCUGCUGGUCUGGAAGGGACUGCAGGAAUCUCUGCCGUGCUCUGCUCUCAGGCAGGGGCUGGGGAGGGGAGACCGUUCUCUGGAGGGAGGGGGCCGCAGUGACCCGGGGUGCAGCUCUCCCGUGCGGGGCUGCUUGGUGCCCGACCAUGGGGAAGGACCAGGAACUGCUGGAAGCCGCUCGCACUGGGAAUGUGGCUCUGGUGGAGAAACUCCUCUCUGGGAGGAAAGGAGGGAUCCUGGGCAGUGGAUCUGGAGCUAUUCCCUUAUCCAGCUUAUUGAGCAUCUGGCGAGGACCAAACAUAAACUGCACUGACAGUUCAGGUUAUACUGCUUUACAUCAUGCAGCUUUAAAUGGACACAAGGAUAUAGUUCUCAAAUUACUUCAGUAUGAAGCAUCAACCAAUGUAGCAGAUAAUAAAGGUUACUUUCCCAUUCACUUGGCUGCUUGGAGAGGAGACGUAGAUAUUGUGAAGAUUCUCAUCCAUCAUGGACCAUCACACUCCAGAGUGAAUGAACAGAACAAUGAAAACGAAACAGCACUGCAUUGUGCAGCUCAGUAUGGUCAUUCAGAAGUUGUUGCUGUUCUGCUAGAAGAGCUGACAGACCCCACAAUAAGAAACAACAAACUGGAAACACCUCUGGAUCUGGCAGCACUUUAUGGACGUCUGCGCGUUGUGAAAAUGAUCAUCAAAGCAUAUCCAAAUCUGAUGAACUGUAAUACAAGAAAACAUACUCCUUUGCAUCUUGCUGCUCGUAAUGGCCACAAAGCUGUCGUACAGGUGCUUCUGGAGGCUGGAAUGGAUGUCAGCUGCCAAACAGAAAAAGGGAGUGCCCUACAUGAAGCAGCCCUGUUUGGAAAGGUGGAGGUAGUACGCAUUUUGCUUGAAACAGGAAUUGAUACCAACAUAAAGGACAGUUUGGGUAGAACGGUUUUGGAUAUACUUAAAGAGCAUCCAUCUCAGCAGUCUCUUCAAAUUGCAGCUCUACUUCAAGAAUAUAUGGAAACAGGAAAUGCAAGUAUUUCAGAGGAAUGCCCACUGGAAUGUGCAGAACAUCAGUCUUGCGUUUUGUCCCCAGAAGUUCCUCCGUCUCCAAAGGCUAAAAGUGAAGCUGUGACUGGAGAAUUAUCAAAGCUCUUAGAUGAAAUCAAAUUGUGCCAAGAAAAGGAAUACUCUUUUGAAGAUCUGUCUCAUACACUAUCAGACCAUUAUCUGGAAAAUUUUAGUAAAGUAUCAGAGGAAGAUCUUAUGACCAGUGGAAGCCAAACCAAGCUUAAUGUAAGGCCUUCUUCAAUGCGUUUAUCACCAAGAGAGGAGGAAGAUGAUGAUGCAGCUGAAAAUACUUGUGGACCUUCCGGUUUAUGGGAGGCACUGACACCUUGUAAUGGAUGCAGGAACCUUGGCUUUCCCAUGCUUGCACAGGAAUCUUAUUCAAAGAAGAGAGGUUAUGCACUGGAAGCAAUACCCUCUGUACCUCUGGAUGCAGUUCCUUCAGAAAAUGACAGCACUCUUUGUGAUUCGAUAGACAUAGCAGUCACCAAAAAGCCUUGUUCCCUAGAGAUAGCAAGAGUUCCUUCCUCAAGACCAGAUAAUGCACCUCAGGUAGCAAUUACCGCACCAGGAUCUGGUAGCCAUAGAAACAGCUCCACAGGCCCAACACCUGACUGCUCUCCUCCAUCACCAGACACUGCACUUAAAAACAUAGUGAAAGUCAUACGUCCUCAGCCAAAGCAACGUACAUCCAUAGUAUCUUCUCUGGAAUUUCACCGAAUGAAUCACGGCCACAAUUAUUUUGAAAUCAACCCUUCCAUUGGCUGUGCAAGUUUUGUUUCUACUCCUGCAAUCAGUCCAGCUAAUUAUUCCUUUGGAUCUCUGGAAUACAGUCUUGAAGAGAAAGAACUUACAGAGCAACAUAGCCAGGGUGAAGCAUCCACUGAAAGUGAGCUUCCUGAAGAACACCCUGCUGAGCAGUUUGCAGGUUUACUUCAUGGAUCAUCACCUGCAUGUGACCCACCUGAAAAUCCACUCCAGCUGUACAGCAAAGUAAACCUGUGCAGUGGGCCACUGGAGAAAAGCAUUUUGAGCAAGAGUGCAGCGCAGCAGAUAAAGCUACGGAAAGAGAGCAGCUCUGAUCCUCCUGUUAAGAAAAAAAAACCACCAAUUGUAAACAGAACCAUAUUUCAUACUAAGAAUAAACCAGCAGAAAAUCAUACCCUGGUUGGUGCGCCAAGGAUCAGUGAACAAUGGGUUAUUACCACUGGGGGAUUUGUGGAGCGAGCGUGCACACUGGGCAGAAUACGAUCUUUACCAAAGACCUUGCUGGAAAUGCAUUUGUGCAAAAAUGUUUCAAAAUCUGAUUCUAAUCUUAUCACUCAUCCACCAAAUGAUAAAAAAGCGAGAAGCAAUUGGAGUGAACCCACACCAAAGCCACAGUGCUCCAAAGGGAAUUCGGAGAGAACACCUUCCUUCACCUCAGAGUGGGAAGAAAUUGAUAAAAUCAUGAGUUCAAUAGAUGCUGGAAUUAAUACUGGACUGGGGGAGAUGAAAAAUCACACUACAAGACCCCGAUGCCCUGUCCAGACAGUGGGACAAUGGUUGGAAAAUAUUGGGCUACCUCAGUAUGAAAACCACUUGCUGGCUAAUGGAUUUGACAAUGUGCAAUUCAUGGGAAGCAACGUGAUGGAGGACCAGGAUCUCUUGGAAAUAGGAAUCCUUAACUCUGGGCACAGACAGAGAAUACUCCAAGCAAUCCAGCUUCUCCCAAAGAUGAAGCAGAUCGGUCACGAUGGUUACAACCCCUCCUCUGUAGCUGAAUGGCUGGAUUCCAUUGAACUGGGUGACUAUACCAAAUCCUUUCUAAUUAAUGGCUAUACAUCGAUGGACCUUGUGAAAAAAAUAUGGGAGAUUGAAUUAAUUAAUGUCUUAAAGAUUAGCUUGAUUGGCCACCGGAAGCGUGUUCUGGCAUCUUUGGGAGACAGGCUUCACGAAGAUCCUCCUCAGAAACCACCUCGGUCAAUAACCCUCAGGGAACCCAGUGGUAACCACACUCCUCCUCAGUUGUCUCCAUCACUUAGCCAAAGCACUUUCACUACUGGUGGCUCCCUGGACGUUCCCCACAUUAUCAUGCAGGGCGAUGCAAGGAGAAGAAGAAAUGAAAACUAUUUUGAUGAUAUUCCCCGGUCGAAGCUGGAGAGGCAGAUGGCACAGCAGUCUUCGGUCUGUGAGAUCUGGACCAACCAGAAUGCAGGAUAUCCUUUCUCAUCGAUUCAUCAGGUUCAUAAUACAGGAGACUGGGGAGAGCCUUCAAUUACCUUGCGACCUCCAAAUGAAGCCACAGCAUCAACGCCUGUACAAUAUUGGCAACAUCAUCCAGAGAAACUCAUCUUCCAGUCAUGCGAUUAUAAAGCAUUUUAUUUAGGUUCUAUGCUGGUAAAGGAGUUAAGAGGCACUGAGUCAACACAGGAUGCAUGUGCAAAGAUGAGGAAGUCUACAGAACAGAUGAAGAAAGUACCAACCAUUGUCCUGUCUGUAUCUUACAAGGGAGUCAAAUUUAUUGAUGCCACAAAUAAGAAUAUUAUUGCCGAACAUGAAAUCCGUAACAUUUCCUGUGCUGCACAAGACCCCGAAGACCUUUCUACGUUUGCGUACAUCACUAAAGACUUGAAGACUAAUCACCACUACUGCCACGUAUUCACUGCGUUUGAUGUGAAUUUAGCUUAUGAAAUCAUUCUUACACUAGGACAAGCAUUUGAGGUGGCCUAUCAGCUUGCACUACAGGCACGAAAAGGGGGUCAUUCUUCAACCCUUCCUGAAAGCUUUGAAAACAAACCCUCUAAACCUAUUCCCAAACCACGUGUUAGUAUUCGGAAGUCAGUGCAGAUAGAUCCAUCCGAACAAAAGACUCUUGCGAAUCUACCCUGGAUUGUUGAACCUGGACAAGAGGCCAAAAGAGGCAUUAAUACCAAGUAUGAAACUACAAUUUUCUGAUACAAAACUGUCCCCCUGUUCCUUGUUGUGCCUUGCACGCCAAGCAGUCACAGCACAGCCUUUCCUUUAUGGCAACGUUUCAAUCCAGCAGAGAGGAAGACUGCACUGUAUGAGUGGCCUUGUAACUAACAAAAAAGGCUGACAGUCAUUUCUGGUGAUGUUCUUCUUCCUGCAGCACUGACUGAAGAAUGACAAUAUUUGAAGACUUUUAAAAUUACAGUCCACAAGAGGAAUGAGAAACCUUAUUUUUUGUGCAGUUCUCCCUUGUGACUCUGCCACAGUGCAUUCUUUGAUUUCUUAUUUUAAAAUUCUACUUUUUAAAGAAAAAAAAAACAAAAUAGCUCUAAACUAAUACUAAUGCUGCCUAUGACUAGAGUAUUUGAUUGGGUUUUUUAUUUAAAUCUUGGCAGUUUUUAAUUGAAAUAGAAGCAGAAUUAAUAAAUAGAUUGUUUGUGAAACCACUGAAUUCAUUAAUAAUUAUUGUGUUGAAUAAAGAAUUCAUUAAAGUGACAAGAAAUUAGGCACCCUGAUUUCUGUGUGCACUGAUUUUAUAUGUAAUCAUUGAUGUCCUUUGAUCCUCUACAGAAAUAAGAACCUCUUGCAUUGUAGCAAAGGAUCAGAGUUUUAUGAAUGGUUAGAAAAAGGUAUUAAUAAUGCACAGAAAACAUUUAUUAGAUAUUUUUAUGGAAGAGAAGUACUAUAGGAAAACAUAUGAAUAUUUAUGGAAGGAAGCCAGAUUAAUUAUGAGAAAUAUUGUUUAUUUUAAAGUUAAGUAAAUGACUGCAAUUGCAGCAUUAUGAAAAUUAUAAGAGUUGCAGCAUCAGUGCACUGGAUGUUCUGUGUGAUAAGUCUGGAAUGCAAGUGGAAUGGUCAUUCUACUACACCUACAUAUAGUUUAUGCAGUUCAACAUUGCUAUAGCCAUGAAUUCUAAUAGUAUUUUUAAAAAAAAUAAUCUCAGUGGUUCUAAAAAAGUCAAAAAUAUGGAUUUUGCUAUCAAGAUUUCUGUCACAGAAAGCUUGUUUGGAAGAGUGUUGAUAAAAUUCUACUGCAAAACAUUUUCUAAAUAAAAACAGCAAGAAAAAUAAAAAAAUUCCAAAGUAAUAAAAAAUGUUUUCAUGAAACAAAAUAAUUAAGCAUUUGCUUAAUAUUUGGUUAAAUAAGAUUUACUUACUUUUUCUUUAAAGUGUUUUAAUUUUUUUAAUGUCUGUGGAGUAUUUGUAUAAUACCAUGAUGUAUAUUUAUGUAGAACUGAAAUUAUAACAGUAAAAAUAUCAUUAUAGGAGAAAAAUGACAUUUUAACGUAUAUUGUUCUUUCCAGUCAAAUUGUGAAUCAUUUUGAAGUUCAUUAUAGAGAUAUUGAUAAAUUGUGUGGUUGUCUUAAUGUUUUUUUAAUUAUUAUUUUAUAUCCAGCUGAGGUUUUUCAGUUAGAAUCAUCAGCUGGUAUAUUCCAAAAAAUGGAUAAUUGAACUUGGUUUAAAACUGAUAAUUGUAUAUGGUUUAGUUAAACCUAAUCAUAGCGCUGAGUGAUGACAUCCUUUUAAUACAGUAUUCAAUUUACUUGAACAAAAUAGUUCCUUGUACAUAUUUUUGCUUAUUCACUGUUGAUAUGUACUUAGUCAACUGACAGUAAAAAAAAAAAUAACACUAAAAAUAUGGUACCAAAAGGAAAAUUGUAUAGGAGAACAGUAAAUAGUAGCCUCACUGCAACAAAUACUUAUGUAAAUAUGCUUGGGCUUCCAGUUAUAAAUUUUGUAAUUUUGUCAUUUAUUUAUAUCCUAUAAAAGCACACAAAAUAAAAGGAAGUUGUACAGUCCCAG